AUGGAAAACUUCAUUACCGGCUACCCUGGACACGAGUUCCAGGCUAGAGCAGCGAUCAAGAAAGCAGUAGGACAGGAAAAGUACGAUUUCUUCUUCGACAAAUUUCUGGAAUACUUCUUCGGAGAAGACGAUGCCAAGUUCUUUGCGUCCCUCGGUUUGAACUGCAUUCGCUUGCCGGUCAACUACCGCCAUUUCGAGGACGACAUGAACCCGCGCGUGUUCAAGAAAGAGGGUUUGAAGCACCUUGACAGGGUUAUAGAUUUGUGCGCCAAAUACGGUAUUUACACCGUAAUCGACCUCCAUGCGGCACCCGGAGGUCAGAAUAUUGAUUGGCACGCGGAUGCUGGAAAUCAUCAGGCACUCUUUUGGGAGCACAAGGAUUUCCAGGAUCGCACAGUCCUCAUAUGGGAGAAUCUUGCUCGUCAUUACAAGGAUAACACUUGGGUUGCCGGGUACAAUCCACUCAAUGAACCGACCGAUGCGGAACACACCCGACUAUUGGAUUUUUACGCCAGAAUCGAGAAAGUUAUCAGACAGAUCGACCCUUUCCACAUCCUCUUUCUCGACGGCAAUACAUUUGGCGCAGACUUUAGCCAUUUCGGGGAGCCUUUGCCUAAUUCUGUUUACGCUUGUCACGAUUAUUCGAGGUACGGAUUCCCAAAUCCUCCAGCGGACUUUACUGGAUCGGCAGAACAAGUCGCGUGGCAUGAGAAAUCGUUCAAUCGGAAAGUCGAGUACAUGAAGAAACAUAAAAGCCCCAUCUGGAACGGCGAAUUUGGUCCAGUAUACCAAAGCGCUGCAGACGGUAUGUUUAAUUGGCAAGAGAUCAACGAAAUGCGGUAUAAUGUCCUGGAGUGCCAACUCGACAUCUACGCCAAGAGCAAAGCGAGUUGGUCAAUCUGGCUAUACAAGGACAUCGGAUUCCAGGGUAUGGUUUAUGUCAACGAGGACACACCGUACAUGCAACGACUCAAACCGUUCCUAGCGAAGAAAAAGCAACUGGCCGCCGACGAGUGGGGGUGUGACGAUAUACCUGUCCGCGAGGUAUUUGAUCCCUUGGAAAAGUGGUUCCUCAACGCUGUGCCCUCGUUAAAGACACGAUAUCCUCAAACCUGGAAGCCUGCAACUCACAUUGGACGAGUCGUUCGAAAUAUCCUCCUUUCUGAAGAGCUGUGUCACGAGUUCGGCGAGUACUUCAAAGAUCUCGACUUCGAUGAGUUAGAAGCGUUAGCGAAAAGUUUCUCCUUUGAGAACUGCCAGCAACGAACCAAGCUGAACGACAUCUUGACUGAAGACUCCAAGAGGAGCAGCGAGAAAUAG